UUAGAAAUUGUAGUAGGUUAGACCACGUUACCUCACGUUUUUAUACACCAAAGCCCGGCUGUGUUUUCCUCACUAAAAUCACUUUUGUUUACAGAAAAAAUGAACCAGUUUUCUGACUCUGAGUCACAAGACUCGGACGAGGGAAUACGUUUUAAGACAGAAAGUAUCAGAGAUAAGCACCAGAAAAAUCUAUCUUUAAGUAGAUGCAGAUCUAGGUCUGUUUCUCCAAGAAGGCGAAGACUUAGGUCUAGGUCUAGAUCACCAAAGCGACGAAUUAGAGACAGAUCUAGGUCUAGGUCUCCCAGAAGAUGGAGAGACAGAUCCACAUCUCCCCAAAGACGCAACAGAGACAAAUCUAGAUCUCCCAAAAGACGCGACAAGGGCAGAUCUAGAUCAGAAACACCGAAAAAUCGGCUUAAAAAUCGCGAGAAAUACGAAACAGAAAGAAGAAAAUCUCCUUUAAAAGUUCAAAAAAAAUUGAAAGUGGAAGAGCCACAACCUCCCCGCAUCGCAAAAGAAGAAACUUCAGAAGCAAACAAAACAGAAACACCCAAUAUUGGACCCCAGUUACCUCCCCACCUGGGUAGAAAAGAAGAAACUGAAGAAAGGAACGGAUCUUCGAUUGGUCCCAAAUUACCGCCCCACAUGCUCAGGAAAGAAGAAACAGUAGACGAAUCUUCGAUAGGUCCGACAGCACCUCCCCUGAAAAAAGAAAUCGAAGAUACACCUUCCAUUGGUCCAAAAUUGCCUCCCCACAUGCUCAGAAAAGAAGAAAUUGAACCAAAUAAUGAUUCGAUUGGGCCUCAACUUCCUCCCCACUUGCUUCAAAAGGAGGAGGAGGAGGAGGAAAAAACAAGGAUAGGGCCCCAGUUACCUCCCCAUCUUCGCCAAAAGCUCCAAGAAGAAGCAGAGAGGGAGGAAAGCGAUGAAGAUGUUUACGGUCCUCUCCCAGCCGGUGCUUCAAACUAUUCAAAAGCGCAGCUAGCUCUCGAAGAAAGGGCGUUACAGUUGAAAAUGGACCAAUUGGAACCGGCCCAAAAUGCGAAAAAAGUUCGUGAAGAAUGGAUGUUGGAAUUGCCGGAAGUCAAGGCGUCUAAAUUUGGUUUGGGGCCUCGCCAGUUUAGGUCCAAGGCCGGCCCUGACAUGUCCGAUAGAUCAUCCUGGACUGAUACUCCCGAUAAGAAAAGUGAUAAAACGAAGAAGGUUGAUUUGAAGAAGGAAGCCGAGCUGAAGGAGAUCCGGAAACGGGAUGAGGAGCAGGAGAGCAUCUCCAAGAAGCAUAAAAAAAAGAAUAAGGAGAGUUUGUUGGAAAUGCAUCAGGGGAAGAUGAAGACGAAGAAAAAGGAGGAGCCGAGUGAGAGACGGCCGUUUAGUCGCGAUAUUGAUCUCCAAGUCAAUCGGUUCGAUGAAGCGCAGAAGAAAGCUGUUUUGAAGAAGGCGCAGCUGCUUGAUGAUAGAUUUUCCAGUGGGCAAUCGAAAUUUUUAUAAAUUUACACAGUUUGUUUAUUUAAUUAAUUAAGUCCUAAACUUUUUACAAAAAGUAUUCGUGUUAGUACAGUUUGUAACAAUAAAUGUGUGUUUAGUUGAA